CCUCUUCCCUUUAGCUUUUAAAACAAGCUUUUGACAUCAUCAGAAGAAAGAAAACAACAGAAAAAGAAAGUAAACGAUUAUAAGUUUAAAAUGCCACGACGGCAUUUAUUGUGUAAAUUCUGUCUCCUGAUAAUAAUAUAUUUGACACUUCGGGCGAGCAGUGUGGAGAUAAACAGAAAUGACGGACAAUCAUAUGCAGGAGGUGUAGGCAGAGAGCGUUAUGCGUUCUUUGCACUGCGCAGCUGCCAUCAGGUUCUUCGCAGCAACAGCGGUGAGUUCUUUUCUCCUGACUACCUGUGCUCAAAUCCCCCCGUCUGGUGCAACUGGACCAUCCAGGUGAAUCCUGGGAGGCGUUUGCAGCUGUAUCUGGAGGACCUGAUGCCCUCAGAGGCCUGUCAACUGAAGAGUGAUCAGAUCCACCUGGAUGAGUCUCCAGUCGCUGCUGGGGGGCAACGAAUCCUGGAGAGAUGCUGGAGAACAGCCACGUACACAUCUGUGUCCAACACCGUUCAAGUGGUGCUGCUCAUCGACGGAAACCAGCCCUCACCGUACAGGGGCUUCUAUGGACACUUUAAAGCUUUUGGGCCGCUCGAUUCUCCUGACCACAUCGAUAAAGAUGUGAUCGAAGAGGCAUUAGUUGGUUAUGAAGAAGUGGAUACGGUUACAAAUGCUCUACCAGAUCUUAGAGGUGUCACUGCAGAUGUCAAACUGUCAAUGGUAAACGCACAAACCUCUCCACCUGCUCCGAAAAAGCCUGUGAUAUUCAGCCAGUUUGAGUCCAUUUCGGUGUCCAACGAGCUGCCUAUCGAGAAGGAACCAUGGAAAAAUGGUCCAUCUGGGAAACUAGAAGCAUCUUCUGGAUCCACGGACUCAACUCCACGUGUUUCUCCUGGUUACCAUGAAAAUGUUGGAUUUAUUGACGACUUCUAUUACGAUGAUAAUUCUAAUGCAAUACCACAAGAAAAUGCGGGUCGUUGGGCAGCUGAGAGCCACAAACCUCAACCUAAAGGUGGCUCCGCUCAAGUCCGCUCCAAAUAUCAGCCCGCCUAUACACUCAUGCCAGACUUCACCCUCAGCACCGUUAAACCAGCCGCCAGGUCUCCAUCUGGCAUGCGCAGGAAUGUGGAUGCACAAUCCCUCUCUCCCAGUGAAACUGAGCCAGCCAGAGCCAAAAUGGUGUCUGAUGUUGGGGAAGUAAGGUGGGUGAGAGUGGGACAGCGAGAUGAUAUGGACGACGUUUCUGUGAAGGCGACAGUGGCGGACAGCGCAGGCACACCACCUGCCCAUUUGGACCCGCAUGAGGGCAGUUCUUCCAACUUUCAUGAUACUAGACUACCAAAAUUGCACCGCAGAUCUAAAGCGAAAACUCGAUACCUACAAACAAUGCGAAAUACGACCCACAACAUCCAUUUACCUGGAGAGCUCUUGUUGGAGGUGGCUGUGGAAGUCAGUCUUGAGUCUGGGAAUCAUGAGAGAGCAUCUUCCCUCAGGACUGCAUUAGAGACAAUGAUAAAAGAAGAGCUUGGACCUGUCACGUUAAACAGUCUAGACUUCAAAAGAUUAAAAAAGUUGAGUUCUGGAGUUUUGUUCAUCGUAUGGGUGCAGUUUCAGAAGGCUGUUGUAGGUCCGCACACACCCUGGGUUCUUCAGUCCGAUCUGCAAGGGCUUCAGGGCAAAAGUAUCAAAUCACAAACCAGCAAAAUCCACGGCGUCAUCGUGUCCAUUUCUACUGAAGACAUCAAUGAGUGCGAGACACAGCUGGUAGUGUGUGGUGCACACUCUGAGUGCGUUAAUCAGUUUGGAUCAUACUCCUGUCGCUGCGUCCAUGGAUACCAUGAGGCUCGUCAUGGAUUGGACCGGACCGUUUGUGAGACGUCCACGUCCUCCGACUGCAGCUGGACAUCAUUUCCGUCAGUCCUCAGGGGUGUUUACGCUGUCUGCUGCCUGCUCACGCUGCUCAUCUUGUUAUUGUUGGUUGUGGUCGCUCUUCUGUACCGUCGAUACUAUAGAGGCGCUUUCCUGCCUCGCUGCCAGGGAUCCAGCAUUAGCAGUGCCAUGGAAACGGUUGCCAAUGAUGAUGACAACAAUAACACUACUGGAAGUGACCCUUCCAGAUUCCCACCUCCGCCUCCACCCAUAAGACUGUCCAAAGAUGGUCUCCGCUCUCUUGAUCUUCCUCUGUUACGAUUUAGCCCUCUGUCGCCUCCUGAUGGAUUUAGGAGUAAAAUACAUGCAGAGAAUCACCAGUUUUGAUCACUAGUUAGUUACACCUGCCUUUACUCUUGAUUGAGAGUGCUGUAUGGUCGCUAAUAGAGUUGCACAUAAAUGCAUUACAUGUCACCGAGUGAAACAACUCUUCUAUGUAACUGGUCUCGAUUGGACUGUUUAGUUUUUGCUUUAGUUCAUGAUUUCUGAAGCGUCAUCCGAAGGUUGACUGCCUGUAAAUAUUUACAGCUUAUUUUCAUUCUGUUCUAUUCAUUUUUGGCCAGUCACAGUAGACUUGUCACUCUCAGAAAUAGUUGAUAAGAGUUUUUUGUGGUUUUAUGUAUGUUAAGCAAAUGUAUGUUUGUGUGUGAGAGACUUUGAGAGUUGUG